AUGCUUGACCCGUUGGGAGGCAAGCAACAGAGUUCCUGGUUCGAUAGUCUCUCCACAUCGUCGACCGCAAUGAACAGUAACUCGUCGGGUUCAUCCGGAUCACUACUGAGUCUCUCGUCUCAUCUCAGAGACAGCUCAGACGCACUUUCAUGUCCCACUUGGCUCUUCAAUAGUCAGAUUGCAUUAAUUCGAUUUGAAUGCGCAAGACAAGCUAAUAGUUACUGGCAUACGCUAGGAGAGAAUGAUCAACAACGCACGAAGACAUUUGAUAGCAUGGUGCAAGCCAGAUUUACUUGGAAUGGAAAUAUUCGUUCAGCACUUACAAGAGCAUUGGGAGACCUGCGCGCUUAUUCGUUCAAGCCGGAAAAGAACGAACGCGUUCCCCCUCGAAAAAACGCACUUGUACAGUUGCAGUGGCCACCGAUCCGGUCCAGCCAGAAGUUGAUGAUAAAAGGAAAUCUGUUGGACGAAUGCACAAGCGUGUCUCGACUUACUGUUGCUCUAGCAGCGAGAAAAGAGAGGAAGCAUAUUAUGAGCUGUUUUGAUUCUGCAAGGAAGGAAAGAAGUGAACAAAGAAAAUGCAAAUCAUUGGGCCCAGUUCCUGAAUCUGAAAUCACAUUCUCCUCCUUGGUGAUUGCCGCCAUAAUCAACGAAGGUUUCUCUCAAUGAACGCAACAGAAGUACGCAUGUGGUAUCUCCUUGCGGCUCUUUUGUCUAUAAUCAUUAGCAUUGAAACUAAGCCACAGAUGUCACCAUGGGGUGUUGAUCCCUUGCAGUGGCUGGUGAUGAUUGGAUAAGAGUCGCUGAAGAGUACAAGUGCAUAAACGCUUUGCGUUACUAUGUACCGCGUUCUUUUUGACAUGAUAUGAUAAAAGCGAGAUGAUGAUUUUCCCAG